GCCGCGGGGCUGGGCGUGCAGGUCCCGGGCCGGGGCCCCCACUCUCGGGAGUUGCCUCCUCAGAGCCUCGCGCCUCCCGCGCCGGAGUCCCAGCGGGCGCGCUCUCCUCUCCCACCACCCCAGCCUCUCCCCAGCAUGUAAAGUCGCCCGUACCUCCUCAGACUUCCCGGAGGCAUCAACUUUCCUUUCUAGCCGGCGCGGGGCCGGGCACCAGUGGGCGCGCGGGGCAGCGCGCAGCACAGCAGCCCCGCGUCCCGCCGCCCAUCAUGAGCGACGAGAACCGCGGGGACGGCCGCGCCGAGAGCGCCAAGGACUUGGAGAAACAGCUUCGCCUGCGCGUGUGCGUGCUCAGCGAGCUCCAGAAGACCGAGCGGGACUAUGUGGGCACGCUGGAGUUCCUGGUGUCGGCGUUCUUACACCGAAUGAACCAGUGUGCCGCAUCAAAAAUUGACAAAAAUGUAACAGAAGAAACAGUGAAGAUGCUGUUCUCAAACAUUGAAGAUAUCCUCGCUGUACAUAAGGAAUUUUUAAAAGUCGUGGAAGAAUGCCUACAUCCAGAACCUAAUGCUCAACAAGAAGUGGGAACCUGCUUUCUUCAGUUUAAAGACAAGUUUCGUAUCUAUGAUGAAUAUUGUAGUAACCAUGAGAAGGCACAAAAAUUGCUUUUUGAACUUAACAAAAUAAGAACAAUCCGCACAUUUCUUUUGAACUGCAUGCUACUUGGAGGACGGAAGAACACAGAUGUUCCCCUGGAAGGAUAUUUGGUAACACCAAUACAAAGAAUUUGCAAGUACCCUCUCCUUUUGAAGGAGUUGCUGAAGCGGACUCCAAGGAAACACAGUGACUACGCAGCAGUAAUGGAAGCCCUCCAAGCCAUGAAAGCUGUCUGUUCCAACAUAAAUGAGGCCAAGAGGCAGAUGGAAAAGUUAGAAGUCUUAGAGGAAUGGCAGUCUCACAUUGAAGGCUGGGAGGGAUCCAACAUCACCGACACCUGCACUGAGAUGCUAAUGUGUGGCGUCUUACUGAAAAUUUCUUCUGGAAAUAUUCAAGAACGGGUGUUUUUUCUUUUUGAUAAUCUUCUGGUGUAUUGCAAAAGGAAACACAGACGGUUGAAGAAUAGCAAGGCAUCUACAGAUGGACAUCGGUACCUUUUUCGUGGCCGGAUCAAUACAGAGGUGAUGGAAGUGGAGAAUGUGGAUGAUGGCACAGCUGACUUCCAUAGCAGUGGACACAUUGUUGUCAAUGGAUGGAAGAUACAUAACACAGCCAAAAAUAAAUGGUUUGUGUGUAUGGCAAAAACACCUGAGGAGAAACAUGAAUGGUUUGAAGCUAUUUUGAAAGAAAGAGAACGACGAAAAGGUUUAAAAUUAGGAAUGGAGCAAGACACCUGGGUAAUGAUCUCUGAACAGGGUGAGAAACUCUAUAAGAUGAUGUGCAAACAAGGGAAUCUGAUCAAAGACAGAAAAAGAAAACUGACCACAUUCCCUAAAUGCUUCCUUGGAAGUGAAUUUGUGUCAUGGCUGUUGGAAAUUGGAGAGAUUCACAGGCCUGAAGAAGGUGUACACUUAGGACAAGCAUUAUUAGAAAAUGGAAUCAUCCACCAUGUUACUGAUAAACAUCAAUUCAAGCCAGAACAGAUGUUAUAUAGAUUUCGGUAUGAUGAUGGAACAUUUUAUCCAAGAAAUGAGAUGCAGGACGUGAUUUCAAAGGGAGUGAGAUUAUAUUGCCGUCUUCAUAGUCUGUUUACUCCAGUGAUAAGAGAUAAAGAUUACCAUUUAAGAACCUACAAAUCUGUAGUCAUGGCCAACAAACUGAUAGACUGGUUAAUUGCACAGGGGGAUUGCCGCACCAGAGAAGAGGCAAUGAUAUUUGGUGUCGGACUCUGUGACAAUGGAUUUAUGCACCAUGUCCUUGAAAAAAGUGAAUUCAGAGAUGAACCCCUACUUUUCCGUUUUUUUGCGGAUGAGGAAAUGGAAGGAUCAAAUAUGAAGCAUCGACUUAUGAAACAUGACUUAAAAGUUGUGGAAAAUGUUAUAGCCAAAUCAUUAUUGAUUAAAUCCAAUGAAGGCAGCUAUGGUUUUGGGUUAGAAGACAAAAAUAAAGUUCCAAUAAUAAAGUUGGUAGAAAAGGGGUCUAAUGCUGAGAUGGCUGGCAUGGAAGUUGGGAAAAAGAUUUUUGCUAUUAAUGGUGACCUAGUUUUUAUGAGACCUUUCAAUGAAGUGGAUUGCUUCCUGAAAUCAUGCUUAAACAGCAGAAAGCCUCUAAGAGUUCUCGUGAGCACAAAGCCAAGGGAGACAGUGAAAAUCCCAGAUUCAGCUGAGGGACUUGGAUUCCAGAUCCGAGGAUAUGGCCCAUCGGUUGUCCAUGCAGUGGGAAGAGGAACUGUGGCUGCAGCGGCUGGUCUUCACCCUGGACAGUGUAUUAUCAAAGUAAAUGGAAUCAAUGUCAGCAAAGAGACCCAUGCCAGUGUUAUUGCACACGUUACAGCCUGUAGGAAAUACAGAAGACCAAUGAAGCAAGAUUCCAUACAAUGGGUUUAUAAUAGCAUUGAAAGCGCUCAAGAAGACCUUCAAAAGUCUAACUCCAAACCUUCUGGAGAGGAAGUAGGGGAUGCUUUUGACUGCAAAGUAGAAGAGGUGAUUGACAAGUUUAACACCAUGGCCAUCAUUGACGGGAAGAAGGAGCACGUGAGUCUAACCGUGGAUAACGUGCACCUGGAAUACGGUGUCGUGUAUGAGUAUGACAGCACAGCUGGGAUGAAGUGCAACGUGGUGGAGAAGAUGAUCGAGCCCAAAGGCUUCUUCAGCCUCACUGCCAAGAUUCUUGAAGCCUUGGCUAAAAGUGAUGAUCAUUUUGUACAAAACUGCACCAGCCUUAACUCUUUAAAUGAAGUGAUUCCUACUGACCUUCAAAGUAAAUUCAGUGCCAUUUGCAGUGAAAAAACUGAGCGCAUAUGUCAGAGAAUAUCCAGUUAUAAAAAGUUUUCACGUGUACUGAAGAAUAGAGCCUGGCCCACCUUUAAACAGGCCAAAUCUAAAAUCUCCCCACUACACAGCAGUGAUUUCUGCCCUACCAACUGCCAUGUCAACAUAAUGGAAGUUUCCUAUCCCAAAACAUCAACCUCCCUGGGGAGUGCAUUUGGUGUUCAGCUGGAUAGUAGGAAGCACAAUUCUCAUGAUAAAGAAAAUAAAUCUGAGCAAGGGAAACUGAGCCCUAUGGUGUACAUUCAGCACACAAUCACGACCAUGGCGGCCCCUUCAGGCCUGUCUCUGGGACAGCAGGAUCGGCAUGGGCUCAGGUACUUAUUAAAAGAAGAAGACCUAGAAACUCAAGAUAUUUUUCAGAAACUGUUGGGCAAACUUCAGACUGCACUGAAAGAGGUGGAGAUGUGUGUUUGUCAAAUUGAUGACCUUCUGUCUUCCAUAACAUAUUCUCCUAAAUUAGAACGUAAGACAUCAGAGUGCAUAGUACCACCAGACAGUGACAAUGAGAAGGGAGAAAGAAAUAGCAAACGAGUCUGUUUUAAUAUGGCAGGAGACGAGCAGGAAGAUUCAGGUCAUGACACCAUCAGCAACAGAGACUCUUACAGCGACUGCAACAGCAACAGGAAUUCCAUCGCCUCCUUCACCAGCAUCUGCAGCAGCCAGUGCAGCUCCUACUUUCACAGUGAUGAGAUGGACUCAGGUGAUGAGCUUCCCCUCAGCGUUCGCAUUUCUCAUGAUAAACAGGACAAGAUACAUAGCUGCCUGGAGCAUCUUUUCAGCCAGGUGGAUUCUAUUACCAACCUCCUAAAAGGGCAAGCUAUUGUAAGGGCCUUUGAGCAAACCAAGUACCUCACACCAGGUCAAGGAUUACAAGAAUUUCAGCAGGAAAUGGAACCAAAGCUGAGUUGUCCAAAAAGGUUAAGGCUUCACAUCAAGCAAGACCCUUGGAAUCUUCCCAGCAGUGUCCGGAAUCUUGCUCAGAACAUCAGAAAAUUUGUUGAAGAGGUAAAGUGUAGGAUACUCCUGGCUCUUCUUGAAUAUUCAGACAGUGAGACACAGCUCCGAAGAGACAUGGUUUUCUGCCAAAGUCUUGUGGCCACUGUGUGUGCCUUCUCCGAGCAGCUCAUGGCAGCCUUAAACCAGAUGUUUGACAACAGCAAAGACAAUGAGAUGGACACGGGAGAAGCCAGCAGAAGGUGGCUGGACCAGAUAGCGAAUGCAGGUGUUCUUUUUCACUUCCAGUCACUCCUGUCGCCAAACCUGACAGAUGAACAAGCCAUGCUAGAAGAUACACUUGUUGCACUAUUUGAUUUGGAAAAAGUUUCUUUUUACUUUAAGCCAUCAGAAGAGGAACCACUGGUUGCAAAUGUUCCUCUUACUUAUCAAGCGGAGGGAACCCGGCAGGCUCUGAAAGUUUACUUCUACGUUGAUAGUUAUCAUUUUGAACAACUGCCUCAACGUUUGAAAAAUGGAGGAGGAUUUAAAAUUCACCCUGUUCUUUUUGCGCAAGCACUGGAGAGCAUGGAAGGAUAUUAUUAUAGAGACAAUGUUUCAGUGGAAGAAUUUCAAGCCCAGAUAAAUGCAGCCUCACUGGAAAAAGUCAAACAAUACAACCAGAAGCUCAGGGCCUUCUACUUGGACAAGUCAAAUUCACCACCAAACUCCACAUCCAAAGCUGCCUAUGUAGAUAAGCUCAUGAGGCCUCUCAAUGCUUUGGAUGAACUUUAUCGGCUGGUAGCCUCAUUUAUCAGAUCCAAGCGCACGGCUGCCUGUGCAAACACAGCCUGCAGCGCCUCCGGGGUGGGGCUGCUGUCCGUGUCCUCGGAGCUGUGCAACCGGCUGGGGGCCUGCCACAUCAUCAUGUGCAACAGCGGCGUGCACAGGUGUACCCUGAGCGUGACACUGGAGCAGGCCAUCAUUCUGGCCCGAAGCCAUGGGCUGCCUCCUCGCUACAUCAUGCAGGCCACAGAUGUGAUGCGGAAGCAGGGAGCAAGAGUUCAGAACACUGCAAAGAAUUUGGGAAUCAGAGACCGAACCCCACAGUCUGCUCCAAGGCUCUAUAAGCUGUGCGAGCCGCCUCCCCCUGCGGGAGAAGAAUGAAGAGAAUCCCCAAGGAACCAGGCAAGCAGAAGCUUCUGCUCACCAGAGGACAUGCUGGCUACACAUUCUCCAUUCAAGAAAUGAAUUUUUUUUUU